AUGUCUCAGAAUAAAGACAUUUUGGACACAUUAAAGCAGUAGCAGUCUCCCAAAUCAGCAAACCUAUAAUUCUCUAGAACCUUAUAAAAUUCUAAGUCAGCAGCUCAAUUUUCAAGGACCUAGAAUCUAUAAAAUAACAUUCAAUAAUACAACAGCUCAAACUAAAAAUCUUCUAUUCUCUCUCCUACACAGAGUUCAAUAGAGACAAUUCUUCAAUAUAACAAUAAGUAUCCCCUUGCACCUAUGUUUAGUCAUUAACAGACUUAUAAGACUAUAAAGAUAAGGAGUAUGCAAAGCUAGCCAUUACUCUUGUUUGAUCAUGCUUCUUACCUUAAUUCACAGAACACAAAGUAUAUUACGAAGGUUCUAAACAAAUAAAAAGCAAAGUUCAAGUAAACUAACAUAAAAUUAGAACAGGAUAAACUGAAUAAUGACCUUGGCUAGCUGCUUAAAUAAACAUCAAUCAUGUUUUAGAGAACAGCCAAUCAAUCUACAGGAGUAAGUGGAGGAGCAAGGAAAUCAAGGCAGCAGCAAUUUCAAACCUAUGAGAGUAGUCCAACAAGAAAUCUUGUGAACACAGAGAGUAAAUUGAUUGAUCUCGAAAUAAAUACCAUAGAGCAAAAGAAUCCUUCUUUGCUAAACAAAACCCCAUUUAAAAAUGAGAAGAUACUAAAAUCAUCUUUUCCUGAUGACUCCCAAGUAGAUUAAUUUGAGAAUUGUACCCCCGAGACACUUACCCAGGAAAGUCCAAGAAAUAAAUUCCUUGAUAGAUAGUUCUUUUAAGAAAAGAUACUUAAACAAAGGCAGGUUGAUACUGACAAGAUGAAGAAAAUUAUGCAAAAUAAGUAUAAGGAGAAGCUAAGACUUCUAGAUAUGAAGUACAAUAUAAAGCAAGAGUUGAUUGAUAGAAAUCAAAUUAAAGAUAGACAGGGAAGGAGGCUUUUCAGUUAGUCAGGUGGCAAUACCUUUUUCAAGGAUGGGAGGUUGACUCAUAUUAGGUAGGACUUGGAACCAUUUAGUGAGAAAACAAAUUAUAUGGAAUGCGCAGAGUAGGCAAAGACUCAAAGCUAGUUUUAUACCAUAGCCAAGAGAAUUGAGAAGUCCAAGUAAAUACAUUUCAAUCAUUAUGUGAGCAUGAAUCGUUUACCUUUGAGGAACUCACACAUCAAAGAGGCCUACAAUUCUAUAAAGUUAAAUAACAUCUAAGAUGAAAUUCUCCCUUCUUACAAAAGAUUGGGGCUUUUUACUCCACAAGCUUCAUCUACUAAUUUCUUUUAAUCUAGAUAGGCAGUCUAAACAGGUCUCAAAACAUAAUUAUCUGCAAUUGAUCCAUAUAUAGAAAUUUAAAACGCAGAAGGAGAUGCCCAUGAAAAUUAGAAUAUAGAGACAUCAUAACUGUUAAAAUAAGAAUUUCUUAAAGACAAGGCAAAUCAGAGAAUUUAAGAGCAUAAUAAAAUAGAGGGUAAUUUGCAUAAGAAGAGAAUUGUGAACAUAACAUUAGACUCUGAUUUGGAUUAACCUAUAAAUGGAUAAGAAUAGGAUUUCUAAGAGUAUAAUCUUGAUAACUCUUAGUAAUUGGAAGUUAUUUAUAACGAUCCAGUGAAAGAGUAAGAAAGAAGGUAUGCUGAAUCUUAAAGGUGGAUGGAAAGAUACAACAAGAAAGUAUUUGAAGGCAAAGUUUACAAAUUGAAGCAGAACUUAAACCUUGUAUUGCAUGAUAUGCAGCAAACUCAGAUUAAAAUUAUGGAUUUUCACAGUAACAUGACCAAAGUCAUAGAUGACGUAGAGGAUGACUUAAUAGUAUUAGAGAACAUGAGAAGACUCAAUGCUGAAAAUGGUAAGAAACGUAGAUGA